AUGGUUCGACGUCACGACGAUGAUUGUGAGGAUGAGGAAACGAAAAUUAGUAAAAAUGACGAGCAAGAGGCAUGGAAACAGGCUCUACUCACCGCAAAGGAUAAUUUACCUGAGAAGGCUUCCGGCCCGCUCGUCGCUCUUCUAGAAGGCACGUCUGGCCAUCACCACUGGACAGAAACCAAUCAUCCACGACCCACAUUUUGUAAUUAUUGUCGAGAGAAGCUGAACGGUGUCCCAUGGCACGGUUACACUUGUGAUGUUUGCAAAGUGAAAGCGCACCGAAAAUGUCGUGAUAGUGUGACGGAGCCGUGCAAAUGGACCAACCAAUCAUCGAUUCCCCAACAUUUACAAUUCAUCAGCCCUGAGAAUACCCUUCUACCCCAUCAAUGGAUGGAAGGGAACCUCCCGAUGCCAGCGAAAUGCUCGGUUUGCGAAAAACCGUGUGGUUCGGUGCGGAAAUUGGUGGAUUAUCGUUGCAUCUGGUGUGGCUGCUGUGUCCAUGACACGUGCAUUGCUCAGCUCGCCCGUUCGUGUAGUUUGGGUCAUUCGGCACUUUCAGUCAUUUCUCCGUUGGCACUGAAAUCGGUCAGUCCCAAUGGAACGGCGUUGUUGAGAGAGGAGGCAUACGGAGGCGACGGACUUCCCGGUGGCAGCCCACUGAUUGUACUAAUCAACGCGAAAUCGGGUGAUAGUCAGGGACAACGAAUUAUCAAAAAGUUCCGGCGGAUUCUGAAUCCCAUUCAGGUUUUUGAUAUCAUCGCGACGGGACCCGAUUUUGCACUAACAUUCUUCUCGCAACUCGAAUCGUUUCGUGUUCUCGUGUGUGGCGGUGACGGAACUGUCGGAUGGGUGCUAAGCGCAUUCGACAGGCUCAAUUUGCAUUCUAAAUGUCAAUUGGCAAUCCUCCCGCUUGGAACUGGCAACGAUUUGGCUCGUGUGCUGGGUUGGGGACACGCGUUCUAUGAUGAUACCCUACUGCCGCAAGUGGUACGAACCAUGGAACGGGCACACACGAAAAUGUUGGACCGGUGGAGUGUGCUGGCGAUUGAGGGAGCUGGUGAUCGAGAGGGUACGGUGUUUUUGGACGCUGAGCAAUCACAGGAUAUCAUCCACGCGGCACAGCAACUGUGUCAAACGAUUCGAGAGUUGGUCCACAAUGUGUCGGGAACGUAUUCUAGCAUGAGCAAUCAGAAUAUGCUGAGCAAUGAAGAGGAGAAGGGUCAGAUGACGUCACAGAAUUCAGAAGAAUCUGAAUCGAAAAAUUUGAGUCUGGAUGAUGGAGAUGAGACGAUACGGCAGACGACUGAUACGAUGACUGAGAACUGUAACACGCUGCUCGGAAAACUGGAUCGUUUGAUGAAAUCGCUGAAAGAGGAUUCGAAUAAUCUAGAAGAGUCGGGAUUCGAGCCAGGAGACGAUGACGAAUGCUCCACAGGCGAUGAGAUGCUACAAAAUAGGCGAAAAAACGAGGAUUCUGUGGUGAAUCGAGCGAAUUCUCUCAAAAAAGCACUACGGGAAGUGAUUCUGAUGGCUGAGAAGGGCAUCAAUCAGCACUAUCGAGAGACAACGACGACCAACAAUACGGCGUGCACGAGGAGGGAGAGAUUUCGAAAGAAACGCAGCAAAACGACCCCCAGUGUUUUAAGGAUCCAUCAUAACAAGUGUCUCAAUACUUUUCAGCCACCCUGUAGUUAUCAAAAAAUUAUUAUAUCACACUCGAAUCUGUCUAGCUCAUCGGCCUGCUCCCCACCGUGCUCACCAGCAGAAGAGGGACCAGAAUCGGAUGGGAAGGAGUUUCGAAGUUCUUCGUGUAAAGCGACUUUCGACAUUUCACACUCUCAAUCGAGCUCAUCCGCCGUGCUCUCGGCUCUUUUUCAAUCACAAUCCACGAGGAAUUUCGAGGAGAUUCUGGAGAAACCGUCGAUUGGUACCGUACACCCACCAACGCCCGGCGCCACCCGAGAACCAUCCACCGCAUGCGAUGACGACGACGAGGAUUCACAAAUGACGUCAUCUGAAUUUCAGAAGACGUCACCAGAAGACUCGACGUCUUCAGACCGCCCGAGAAUUCUGUCAGAUACGACGUUGAACAAAAAAAAGAAUUCGGAGAAAAUCAAAUCUCAAAGUUUACAUCCGAUUUGUGGUGGUGGACCGUCUGGAGUGGAUAAAAUGAAACAAAGUCACUCGGAUAGUAGUCUUUAUGGUGAAUAUGAACACCUGGAAGGAUCCUCAUCGGGAUGUGGUGGAGGUGGGACCUCAGGAAGUACCCUCUUACCAGCCCGUGCUUCGGAUUCUGCCACGUGGCAACGGGUAAAAGAGCGGAAACGGACGGUUGGCAGCGAUUUGGGACUGUCGAGUAGUUCGCAUUUGAGAAGGUACAGUAUACUUGUCGUUUUCAAAACUUUCAAAAGUGGGCGGAGCCUAAGCAAAAAGGGGCGUGGCCUAAUCGAAACCGUAUAUUUUCCUCAUUUUUGCAGUUGUCGUAACAUGUUAUCCGGAUUUGCGGGUGGCUCACUAAUUGCUGAAAUCCUCCUAUUGAAUGCUCGUGUCUUGUCUCAAAUGUCUGGAAAAGUGGGCGGAGCCAAUUCGCCGCCGCCCACGUCAUCGUCUUCAAUGAAUGGUCCCAUGUCCGAUUGUCAGACGCCCUUUACCCAAUACAAGGAGAUGUGUGUGAUGAACAACUACUUUGGAAUAGGUCUCGACGCGAAAAUCGCCCUAGAAUUCCACAAUAAACGAGAGGAAUCCGAGAAAACGCGGUCGCGUUCGAAGCUCUUCAUGUGGUACGGUAUCCUGGGCGGCAAAGAACUGAUGCACCGUACCUACCGUAAUCUGGAGCAGAGGAUCAAGCUGGAAUGCGACGGGGUGCCCAUCGAUUUGCCGAGUCUACAGGGAAUCGUAAUCUUGAAUAUUCCAUCGUACUCGGGCGGUGCCAACUUUUGGGGCCGGAAUAAGGAGGGACCGGAGUUUACGGUCCAAAGUUUUGAUGACCGCAUUUUGGAGGUCGUCGCCCUCUUCGGUGUGAUCCACGUGGCGACGUCUCGUGUCCCAAACGCCUACCGUCUCCAAAACCACCGUAUUGCUCAGUGUCGGCACGUGCGUAUCGUAAUCCUUGGCGACGAGCCCAUCCCGGUUCAAGUGGACGGUGAACCGUGGCUCCAGCCACCCGGAAUCAUGCAAAUUGUGCACAAAAAUCGAGCUCAGAUGCUCGCCAGAAACCCCGUCUUCGAUGCGACCCUCAAAAAGUGGGAGGAGCAAAAGGCGACGUCAUCUGGCAUUGGGACGACGGCUCCAUCGACCCCGACGGCGUUGGUGGGCUCUUCUGGAGAGCAGAUUCCAUUUUUGACGAGAGCCAGGGAGUUUUUGAGGCUCAUCGAGGGGGAGAUCGCUCGGCUUGGAGUGUCUUCGGCGUUCCUGGGGUCCCUGGAUGAUGCGAAUGCAAUUGUAAGGGGUGGAGCAGCGAGUGGAGAAGAGGAUCCGGAGUUUAUCGACGAUUUGGAAGAGCGAGAAGAGGCGGUUGCAUCUGUUGAACGUGUCGUUGAACUACUCGAAGAUCAUUUUGGAUUCCCACAGAGAACACGGGCACCGGCUGGACAACCGAAACUCGGACCCACUCCGCAUUUCACUUUUGAGAUUCAUGGCGACGAACCGGACAACUGGCGUUACGUGAUCAAUUCGAUUCGCCAAGAGAUGGAUCGAGAGGAGGCGUCGAUUCGAAAAGCACGAAAACAGGAUCUAAUUGCUGGAAAACCGAAAAGAUCACGGUUUACAGCAUGGUUUCAUAAGCGAUUCGGAACUAGAUCGUCGUCGCCGUUUGCCUAUGAUAAUAUACCGUACUGGACGUGUGAAGAAGUGUGCGCAUGGCUUCAAUCGAUAGGCUUAUCAGAAUAUCAGACGACGUUCCGCAAGAAUGAUAUCCAGGGAUCCGAACUGAUGCAUUUGGAGCGAUCCGAUAUUAUGGACAUUGGAAUUGUCAAAAUUGGACAUGUCAAGCGAUUACAGUCCGCAAUCACCGAACUACGCGCACAAAACCAGCGUGCUCGUCGUGCGCAAGCUCGCAAGAAGCGUGUCGCCAAAGAAUACAAAUCGGGAGCUUCUGGAACAACAGGCGGAGGUAUAAUGGGCGGAGUCUCGGGUGAUAAACGAAAAGAGUCAUCAGCGGAACGAUACUCGAAUUGUGUCCCAUCGACGUCAAUUGCUGGAGCCACGUCUUCUGGCGGCACGUCGUCUGGAAACAAGAGGAGGAUUCCGCCGAAGGACGGUGAAUCGGCGCCGGCGGUGAUGCAAGUCGAUCCGGCGAGCACUGAUUGUUGA